AUGAAUAGAUCAGGUGUGCCGUCGAUCGACUGCGUUGAAAAAGAGGAGUGUUCGCUUUGUUUUGAAGACGUUGACUCUCCUGGUGGUGUUUGUGUUUGUUUGACUUGUUUGCAGUGUUUUUGUGCAUACCGAAGACACGCGGAGCUUCACACCCGAAAGACGAAACAUCAAGUUUUUGCGAACUUGCGAAGAGCACCGCUGGCGGAGGCUGAUCGUCUCGAGCAGAGCACCCUGGUGCAGGCUCAGAAGGAUGCAGCAGAGGCCGAGCGAGGCACAACAGCCACGUUAGCGCCUCAAGUUCUGCGAACGAGCGAAGGUUACACCAUACAGGGUGCAGAGUCCCUGGAAGCACCAGUUCCUCCAGUGCGCUUGGAAGGUAUCUACGACGUGGCUGCAAAGUGUUGGGUAGCUUGUCUUCGAGAGCCCGAGGCAGGGUCGGCUCGGAACUGGAGCUCGGAUCUCCGCUCUGGGGCCUACCCGGCCUCACAGCUGGAAGCGUGGAUAACGCUGGCAGAGAGCGUGCACGAAGCGGCGGCCAUGUCACGCAAGGAGCAGGUGCAGGCAUGGGAGCUGCAGUUGCAGCCGUGCGAACACACGCUCACGGUUUGUCGUUUGGAGGGAAUCGACGUGGAUACAUCGCUCAGUCGUUCCACGGCAAAAUGCUCCUCCUGCGAUUUGCGCGAAAAUCUUUGGCUCUGUCUCUCGUGUGGGCACCUUGGGUGCGGGCGAACGAACUUUGAUGGCACCGGUGGAAAGAAUCACGCAUGGGAGCAUUUUCAAGCCUAUGGCGGGAUGAACGCGGAUCAUGCUGUCGCGGUGAAGCUCGGUACCAUUACCGCCGACGGCACAGCGGACGUACACUGCUACGUCUGUGACGAGCUCCGUGUAGACCCAGAGCUUGAACGGCAUCUGAGCGAGUUCGGUAUUGAUAUUCGUCGUGAGGAGAAGACCGAGAAAAGCCUGAUUGAACUAGAGAUAGAGCAGAAUGUCCAGCUUAACUUGAAGGAGCUGGGAUCCAAUUUCUCGGACCAUAAUCCGAGUCUGCGCAGGAUUACGGAUCCCAGUCUCUAUGCGCCUGAUGUCGUCGCAACUGGAAUGCGGAAUAUGGGGAAUACGUGCUAUAUCUCGAGUGUGCUCCAGUGCAUCUACGCGCUGGUAUUUGCGCCCUAUCGCUGGUAUCAAGAGCCUCGUGCGCUUUCCUUCCCAUUCAAGAACAAAUCCUUGGACCGCCAUUACACGAGGUGCGAGGCGGGCAGUGCACUGCAGUGCUUUGAAUGUCAAAUGCGUAAGCUAGCGGAUGGCUUGCUAAGCCAGCGGUACUGGAAGCGUGAACACACUCCACAACGCAUCGAUGAGUUGGGGCGCGCCUCUGCAGCCAAAAUCCAUGAGCACGAGCACGCGACGAUGCCAAAACCGGUGAAAACUGGAGCUCCGGAUCACGAGGCGCCUUCGAGAAUGGCCGAAGCGCCCGAACCGGAACCUGCACCCGCCACAAGUGACGUUCAGACGCCAGCAGAGGGCGCAGGGCUGUUGCGCCGGUACCAGCCGCCCCAGGGCAUUGCACCGCGAAUGUUUCAGAACCUAAUCGGGCAAGGUCAUCCGGAAUUUGCGACGAAAAGGCAGCAGGACGCUCACGAGUUUCUCGAGUAUUUUCUUAGUCGAUGCACGGCGGAGGCUCGGCGGCAAGGAACUCGAGACCCAGCCCGCUUCUUCAUCUUUCCACUGGUUCAACGAACGGAAUGUUUGCGUUGCCAUCGCAUUGGCAUGAACUCCACGGAAGCAACUUCCUUAUACGUGCCUAUUGCGUCGUCGGUCCGAGGUGCUGAAUACUCAACGAGGAGCAAGGCGAUCUCCGCGGAGCAGGACCAGGAAUCCUCUGCGCGUGUCUCCCUGGCAGCAUGCCUCGACCUCAGCGUUGCCAGUGAGCUGCUCUCGUUCCAGUGCCCGUCGUGUCGAGCAUCGAUCGGAGUCGCCGAUCCGAAUCAGGCUGAAAGGAGAGAGAGCCCCAGUCGGUGUCCACCUUUUCUUAUUAUGCAUCUGCGACGCUUCGAGGCCGGUGAGGACUGGGUGCCUCGCAAGGUGUCCACCGCGGUGACCUUCUCAGACCCGCAGCGUGGUCUCGAACAGCGAGCCGACGGUACCAUCGUUCUCGAUAUGAAACCCUGGCUCGUUGUCGACGAAUCCGAAUGGGAUCGUCUGCCUCCGGAGCGUCGGAUGGAAGCGGCAGAAGCGCCAGCGUCGGGCACACCGAGUGGGCGCGCCUUGACUCGGAUAGACCCGUCUGAACGGCUCCUCAUGGAUAUGGGUUUCACCUUGCAGCAGGCACGAGUAGCGCUUCAGGCCAGUAACCAUGAUGGCGAGCGUGCUAUCGAAUGGCUACUCGAUAGCGCCAAUUCGGCUGCGGCGAACGGCGCAUCGACACCCGAGGAAGAACCGACAGCAAAUACCGAAGCCGAGACAUCCGCUGCGCUGGCAUCCAGUUCCCGUACACGGUAUGCGCUGGCGGCGGCUAUGGUUCACCUGGGCGCUUCACUCCAGACGGGACAUUAUGUGGCCUACGUCUAUCGGAACAAGCGCUGGCUUCUCUACAACGAUGAAAAAGUUUUCGAUGCUGGACAAAAUCCCAGUGCUCUGGAGCAAGCUUUCGUGCUCAUAUGGCGUCGCGACGAUGAAGCCUUCGAUGCCACCUGCGUGGACUGGAUGACAUCCGAUAGACUGCGUCUCGAAUCGGAUACUGCAGUGAGUCGGGUCCAGCCGCUGCACCCUGUUGCAACGUCCAUGGACCAGCCCCUGCGCUUCGAUGGAACUGUCCUGAAUUGGAACACGACUCGCGGAGCUUCUGCGAACGAGGCCGCCGCGGCGCCAACGUUUUCCUUUGCGGACCAGCUGGACCAGCUAAUGAGCAUGGGCUUUAGUGCAGACGCCAGCCGACAGGCACUUGAGGCCUCGCGUGGCGACGUUGAGCAGGCGCUCAACAUGUUGCUAAGCGCCUAA